AAAAAAUUGACUGGGUUUCUUUCCCUGUCUGCGCGUAAAAAAGCUUCUUCAUUAUUGUCUUCUUCUUCAUUUAGAGAUACACAAAAAGAUACAGAGAGACGCCAUUCCAUCGCCCAUCAGAGCGCGAGAGGGCUUCUGCUUGCCCUCUCCCUCUUCUCUUUCAAAAAUUCAAAAAAAAAUUGAAAAAAAAGAACAGUGAUCAUAUGGUUGACUUGCUCCGUCUCUCCAUUUUCUUAUGAUCUUUUGAAUGCGACGAUCGCAUGCCCGUACUCGGGUCGAUUCUAACCCCCCCACCAACAAUACUCAAAUGGAUCCUAUCAAGUUACAGAUCCGACCCAGUUCGCGCUCCAAGACAAAAUCCAACUCCGCCAAAUCCACCUUAUAUUACAUCUCUCUCGCUUCCCUUUUCACCCUUGUCGCCUUUUUAUCAUUCUAUUUCAUCUUCAAAACCAACGAUUCAAAUUCUUUAUCCCACCACAAAACGUACCGUAUUAUAAUCGACGGCGGAAGUACGGGCACCCGAAUCCAUGUUUUCUCCUACAGCUUUAACAAUGAAGGAAGACCCGUUUUUGAUUCAGUGGAUGGAGCAAUGAAGGUGAAUCCGGGUUUAUCGUCGUUUUCCGAGGAUCCGGAAUCGGCGGGUGUGUCAUUGGAGGAGCUGUUGGAGUUCGGGAAAAGGAGAGUGCCUGAAACUCUCUGGGGAGAGACUGAGAUUAGAUUGAUGGCGACUGCUGGAAUGAGAUUGCUUGAUUUGAAGGUUCAACAUAGAAUUUUGGAGUCUUGUAGAAUUGUGUUGAGAAGUUGUGGGUUUAAGUUCCAGGAUGAUUGGGCCUCUGUCAUUAGCGGGUCUGAUGAAGGGGUAUAUGCUUGGGUUACUGCUAAUUAUGCAUUGGGUACUCUUGGAGGUGAUCCUGCUCACACUACUGGGAUUAUUGAACUUGGUGGAGCUUCUGCUCAGGUAACUUUUGUUUCAAAUGAGCCGGUGCCUCCUGAGUUCUCACGCUCCAUAAAGUUCGGGAACAUUACUUACAGCAUCUACAGCCAUAGCUUUCUUCAUUUUGGCCAGAACGCAGCGUUUGAAGCAUUGAGGGAAUCACAUUUUUCUGUAGAUCAAUCAGCUCAGUCGCUUGAGAAAGGAACGACGAUAGAUCCUUGUACUCCGAAGGGCUACUUGCAUGUAUUGGAACCUGAGGAUUUUUCUCCAGGUUCAACAGAAAGGAAACAUUUACCCAGUGUACACUCGGGGGGUAACUUCUCUGAGUGCAGAUCUGCUGCAUUAUCUCUCAUACAAAAGGGAAAAGACAAAUGCACCUCUCAACAAUGCUACAUAGGAUCAACAUUCACACCUAAGCUUCAGGGGAAGUUUCUUGCCACUGAGAAUUUUUUCUAUACUUCAAAGUUCUUUGGGUUGGUCAAAAGAGCAUUUCUUUCCGAUUUGAUAUUGGCUGGGGAACAAUUUUGCGGAGAGGAUUGGUCCAGGUUGAGAAAGAAGCACCACUCAUUAGAUGAUGAGGAUCUGAGACGCUAUUGCUUCUCUUCGGCAUAUAUUGUAGCCCUACUUCAUGACAGUCUUGGAAUUGCAUUGGAUGAUACAAGGAUUAGUUAUGCAAAUGAGGUUGGCAAUACGCCACUAGAUUGGGCAUUAGGAGCUUUUAUCUUGCAGAGCACAGCUUCACUAGACGUGCAACACUCAGAUUGGAUUACCACUAUUAUUAGCAAUGACUCACCUACAAUGAUAUCACUGAUUGCCAUUGCCAUAUUAUUGAUGUUUGUAGCAUGGUCUAUAUCGAAGUGGAGGAAGCCCCAAUUAAAGACUGUUUAUGAUCUAGAGAAAGGGCGAUAUAUAAUUACUCGUGUGGGAAGAAGUUGAUUGCAUAAAUCAAGAACACGGGAAUUUCUGAGCUGGAGGAAGCCGAAGCACUUGCAUAAGCCCCGGAUCAAAUUGAAUAUUUCAUAUUUUAUGCUUCCUCCAUUUGCUUAUAAAGUCAGCCUCCCGAAGCUACCAUGAUCAUUGUAAAGGUGAGGCUGUAAAAUUGUUUAGAUUAGUGUAAGUUGUGAAAAGCGUAGGAUAGAAGAUUAGUUAACCAUUUUGUAUGUAGCAGCAAUUCAAAACCUCACAUCACAUGUUUCCUAAUUACUGAAACUCUAGCAUGAGCUGCAUCUUGCACACUUGUAUCAAAUUAUUUCUUUAUUGUAUGUGUCAUCUUUUAAAUUACUCA